GCUGCUGCUGCUGCUGCUAGUAGCCUGAGCCUCUGAGUGUGUGUGUGUGUGAUCAUCACCUGGGAAGAAACUGGUUCAUUCUUGGCGGCACCCAGCUUCCUAACAACAACAACAAACAUUUACACUGUAGAGCAGUCUGCGGGGAAUAUUUACAGCAGGAUGGUUUAGUUACUCGCGUGAGCCGUGGCAUCUGGCUGCUCCUCUCUUUUCUGGAAAUGGCAUCGUUGUGGAUAUUAGCUCCAGUGCUAACUUAGCUUAGCUUGAGCUCGGUAGCUGGACCAACCAACUAGCUGGCGAUUAGCGACACUGUAGCUCACAGUACGCGUUAUGUGAGCUUUAACUGGCUGCGUCGUUUGUUUUUCUUUUGUUUGUUUGUUUUUUGUCCUUUUUUUUGUUUAACGUCGCACACGGAGAGACCUGAGGCCAACAUCCAUUUUGUUCUGGGAGAAAGCAACUGGCUAGUUAUGCUAACGCUAGCUCAUUGAUCCAGCAGGAAAGUUGUUACAGCUAACCGUAACGCAGGGUAGUGUAGUUUAGUUUAUAUAUAUCUAUAUAUAAAAUAUAUAAGUAUAUAACGUUUUUUAUUAUGGUUUUCAGACAGCUUUAAAUUUCUUCAUCACUUGGGGUUGAACUGACGACAGGGCCUUGCAGAUUGCUCUGUGUGUGUGUGUGUUGCCUACAUUGUGUGUUCAGCUAGUUCCUAUUUACCUGAAAGGAAAUACUUAUUCCUUAUAUGUAAAGUUGGCGAAGUUUCCAGGUCAAUAAUGUAACGUUACUAAGCUGGCCGGCCCGUUUUUCUUUCAAGCGCAUGAAUUGGUAGGUAGUUAUCAAGCGAAAAAUGAACAACUCAGGACUCAUGCCACAAGAAAAGAUGGAGCUGGAUCUUGAAAUCCCAUCCUCGAUAGUUCAGGCCGAUGGACACCUGAGGAGAUCCAACAGUGCACCCAUGAUAAAUGGCUUAAGCGAUAACUCCCAGGUUUUCCAGAGAGAGGUGCUACGCAGUCGGAGAAAUAGCACUACUGUGGUCAACAGGCCCAACAUGGUCCCUUCGUCACCUAUUCGCGUCCCCAGUACCAGGCUUCACCAGAUCAAACAAGAGGAGGGUGUUGAUGUGAUGAACAGAGAAACUGCUCAUGAGCGAGAAGUGCAAGCCGCCAUGCAGAUGAGCCAGUCCUGGGAAGAAAGCCUUAGUCUGAGUGACAACGAUCUGGAGAAGUCGGCAUCUUCGUCGCCAAAGAGGAUCGACUUUGUCCCCGUGUCGCCCGCCCCGUCCCCGACCAGGGGGAUAGGGAAGAAGCAGUGUUUCUCUCCUUCACUACAAAUACUGGUGAGCAGCAACGGUCUAACCCCGAGCCCAAUACCCAGCCCAACGCGACGAUUUAGUAGGAGGAGUCAAAGCCCGAUCAACUGCAUCAGAGCCAGCAUAUUAGGUCCAAUCAAACGAAAAGGUGAGAUGGAGACGGAGAGUCAGCCUAAGAGGCUCUUCCAGGGUACCACCACCAUGUUGUCCUCGGACGUCUCCAACCUGUCGGAUCUCAGUUCCUGCCACUCUCCAGACUUACUGGACGGCAGCCUCAGCAGCGUCGGCUCCUCCACCGACUCGCCGGGCAAAAUGGAGGGAGUGUCCCCUUCCUCGUCCAGCAACUCGCCUUUCGCUUCCCUCCAGGAUUUAUCCCCCAAAUGAGCGGAAACCAGCCAGAGACACUAAAAAGCCUCUGGCCGGGGAACCAGUUUCCUCCUCAGACCCUUCGUCUCACCUAAAUAUGUGGAUCCCCCCCCCCCCCCCCCUUUCCCCCCUCCAUGUGUGCUUCCGAAACAGCUGUUUUCAUGGCUACGUUCUCGGGAGGGUCGAGACGCGUUCGAAUCGAGGAAAACGAGGAUGAGUUCGUCCUCGUCGGGUGGUGAAACUGGGAACGACUGAAGACACUUUUGAGCACCAGCUGCUAGUUGAGGAUCUUGGACGGUGCUUGGCUUUUUGUAGUGGUAUCGUGUUUUUAUUAUAAGUGGCUACCCUGCACAUCUGUCCUACCAGUUCCCCUCACCAGAGACAGAGACAUUGAGCACUGGACAAACGAAAAAGACUUUUUGGAUGUGUACAUUUCUCCCUGUCUGUGCCCACAGACCUUUGUAUGCACAGAUUUUGUUUGGGAAAAAAAAAAAAAAAAAGAAACUAAAAACUUAACUUAUUGUUUUCCCGCUCUGUUUGUAAUUAUGUACAUAUUAACCGUGUCGGAUGUCAUGCAUAUAGUUUUUAAGUUUGGCUGUGAGGUGAAUGUAGGCACAGGUCUUCAACAGCUUUCUUUGUAAAGAAGAAACAUGAGCUACUUUUGGGGUACAGCCAUGGAGAUAUAUAUAUCUAUAUUUUUUUUCCCCCUGGUUUACUGUAAGAGAAGUUGUGUUUUGAGCAGAUGUCGUAUAUUUUUUAUGAUGUGAACUGUGGUGCUUCUUUGUCCAGUUUAGCUCCCGAAUGAUUUGCUGCGACGUUAAACGCGCCUCGCGGUAAAUCAUGGAUGAAAUUCAAUGGUCAUUCCUGGUAGUCUUUCAACACUAAAGGUUCCUUCGUAUCCUGUGUUCUUGUCAGGAGGAUUUUUUUUUUUUUUUCUCUCUGUUGUUGUAGAUAUUAAAAAAAAAAAUAUAGAAAAUAUGACAUUUUUCGUCCUCUGGUAAAGUGUUCUUAUUUAUGGAAAAAGAAGUGUUUAUUAUAAAAUUGGAUGGUGAUAGGUUGCUAUCCCCAGUAAAUAAUUUCUGUGUUUUUGUUUUGUUUUUUUUUUUUUCAUUUACACCAAAUCAACUGACUGCUGGGACAUUCAGGAAGAAGAACGGCACCGUCGCAUUGUGAUUUAAGAGACUGCUGUUUCUGCUGUGGAUAUGUUUAUUAAAAGCUUGUUGCACAAGA